GUAAUAGGAGAAUUGCCCUAAUUUAAUGUAAAUAAAAAAUGGAAAAAUUAAAUAUGAAUUUAAAUAUUCAGCAACUACCAGAGGAAAUAAUUGAAAAAAUUCUAAGCUUUUUAAAUCUUGAAUCACUAAAAGCUGCUGCACUUACAUGCAAAACAUUGAAUGAAAUAUCUUCCCAAAUGAGAUGGGAAUUGAAGUUGGAAUUCGACAACGAAAUUGAAGAAGAGCCAUGGGUUGACGUCCUCUUAACAAGUAACAGAAAUUUCAUAUCAAUUCGGUGUGAUGGAUACAUUGACAAGCAAAACAUUCGAUUGAUGAACUUUUUUGAAAACCAUGGCUGCAAAAUUCAGAAAUUAGUUAUAGAAGGUGGAAAAUUUCACGAUUCCAAAAUAUUUUGUGAUAUAUUGAGUACCAUGCCGAAGUUGAAAGAAAUCAGCUUUUAUAAUUCAAACACUAAAGGUAGAUUCGCAGACAACAUUUCCGAAGAUCAUUUGCCUCAUCUUCCAAAAUUGGAAACGUUAAAGUUAGAUGAAAGUGAUUUUGAAUUGAUGAAGUAUUUCAAAGAAACCCAAAUAAAUUCAUUGGAAAUAGUGAAUCAUAACACAGAACUAGAAAUGAAGAUUCUUUUGGACUUUCUGACUAAUCAAAAGAAUUUAAAAUGUCUUAAUUUAGUAUCAAUUUCUGGAAUUUUUUUUUCUGAAUUCUUCAAAACUUCUAUUCCUGCUGAAAACAUCCCGUUUAAAUUGAAGGAACUCUUAUUGUCGGACAUUAAUAAAAUAGAAACGUUCAAUCACUAUAAUUUGUUGAAGUUUUUGGAAUUUCAUUCGGAUACGGUUGAAAAGUUGGGGCUUAUUGGCUUAUUGGCCGAUUUCGUGUUUGAAUUUAUUUUUGCAAAAUUCAAAAGACUUGUUUCAUUGACAUUCUUUAAUAGAGCACUUCCUUGUGACCUGCCACUAUAUAAGCGACUUGAAAUCAAUCGAAAUAUUAAAAUACUCAAUAUUCCUCACCUUCAUCUGAUAGAAAUUAAAGAAGAUGCUCUAACAGAAUUUUUCAAGCACGUUCCUAAUGUUGAAAAGUUGAGAACAAGUACCAUGAUGAGCUUGGACAUAGUUUUGAAUGCAUUAACUCGUUUGAAGCAUUUAGAACUUUAUGGCUUGUCUCCAACUUUACGCCAGAUUAAGUCGCAAAGCUUACAAUCGAUUACCAUUGAUUGCUUGGCUUUUAUUCAUGACUGGGAAAAAUUUGCAACUGACAAUCCGAAAGUUGACACAAUGAAAAUUAGAAUUAUAGAUGAAACUUUCGACAUUGUAGAGUUGCUGACGAACAUGAAACUGCAACACUUGGACUUACCAGUGAUCAAAGUCGACGACAAUGUCUGCAAAACCUUACGUGAAAACACUCAAGAUAUGCAAUCGUUGCGUAUCCAUAAAGCAAGUUUUGAGAACUGUCAAGAAAAUCUUUCCGAUAUCAAAUGCCUUCGAUUUCAUGACGAGAGUGGAAAUGAUGACGAAGACAAAAUU